AUGACCAAUCAGAGUUGCCAGGAUCAGUUCAUCUUGUUGGGUUUCUCAGACAGACCCUGGCUAGAGCGGAUUCUCUUUGUGUUUGUCCUCAUUUUCUACCUCGUGACGCUGGUGGGCAACAUCGUCAUUAUCUUGGUGUCCCGCCUGGACCCCAGCCUCCACACGCCUAUGUACUUCUUCCUCACCAACCUGUCCUUCCUCGAUGUCUGCUUCACCACCAGCUCCAUCCCGCAACUCCUCUUCAAUCUGGGUGGCCCGGACAAGACCAUCAGCUCCACUGGCUGUGCCAUCCAGCUCUUUAUGUUCCUGGGACUGGGUGGCACCGAAUGCGUUCUCUUGGCAGUCAUGGCUUACGACCGCUUCACUGCCAUCUGCAAGCCCCUCCACUACUCUGUCAUUAUGCACCCCCAGCUCUGCUGGAAGCUGGUGUCUGUGGCCUGGGGGAUUGGCCUUCUCAACUCCCUGGUGAUGUCUCCAGUGACCAUGAAGCUUCCUCGGUGUGGGAGAUGCAGGGUGAAGCAUUUUCUCUGUGAGAUGCCCGCUCUGAUAAAGAUCGCCUGCGUGGACACGGUGGCCGUGGAGAGCACCGUUUUCAUCUUGUCCAUCAUCAUUGUCCUGGUGCCCCUGUCCCUUAUCCUCAUCUCUUACAGCUACAUUGCCUUCGCUGUGCUGAGGAUCAAGUCGGCGGCGGGAAGAAGAAAGGCGUUCAAUACCUGUGGGUCCCACCUCACUGUAGUCUCUUUGUUUUACGGGAAUAUUAUCUACAUGUACAUGCAACCAGGAAAUAAUUCUUCUCAGGACCAAGGAAAGUUCCUUACCCUCUUCUAUAACUUGGUGACCCCCAUGUUGAACCCUCUCAUCUACACGUUGAGAAAUAAGGAUGUUAAGGACGCACUGAAGAGACUGGGGUCUAGGAAAUAA